AUGGCGAACAGCUCUGUGAGCAAUUCUCUUCCGCCUGCUAUUCCAGCGCUUGUUGGCCCAGUUCUUAUCGGAGGUUAUCUUGGCUGGGGCCUCUUCGGGAUCUCUGUUUUGCAAACCUACUUUUACUUCCUCACGUUCCCUCGAGAUAGCCACGCACUUAAAACAUACGUGGGGAGCAUCUUCAUUCUAGAGCUCUUCCACACCAUCGUUAUCACAAUUUCAGGAUGGUACGCAGCUGUGUCAGGCUGGGGGGUGCCCAACCACUUAGUUUUCGACGGAUGGACAUAUUCUGCCGUACCUAUCACGUCCGGAAUCACUGCAGCUCUCUCCCAAGCUUUUUUCUACAGGAGGAUAUAUGCCCUGAGCCAACGGCAACACCGUCUUGUUUGGUUAGUGACCGUAGGUCUAAUCGCGGCACUCUCCAUACUCUCAAUGCUGGGUGCGGUUACUGCGGGGGUGUUCCUCGCUCACGAGCACGACGAUAUUCACCUCCAACCUUUCUUCUUACAAGAAGUACUCGGAAACAUAUGGUUAAUCGGGAGCGCAGCCUGCGACAUCUUGAACUCUGGCUCCUUGAUAUACCUCCUAUGUGCGGCCCGCCAGGACAUCCGGGACGCAAGCGUCAUCUCAAAGUGGUCCGAAACGACACUGACGCGGUUGAUCAACAUGACGGCCGAGACGGGCGCGCUCACCGCCCUCUUUCAGACGGUGGACCUCGUUUUGUUUUUGGCGAUACCUAAAGUGAACUAUCACGAGGCGACCGCGCUCAUCCUCAAUAAGCUCUAUUAUAACUCUGUUCUCGCCACGCUCAACUCUCGCGCUGGAGCGAUACGACCAGGAGGCCAAGCCGAAUCAUCCGAUACUAGCAUCAAUCCAGCCGUCCGUCUUGACGACUCCAGCUCCGUAUAA